GCUAGCAAUUUUCAAAUUGUCAUUGAUUGACAGUAAUUAUCAGUCCUUAGAUGUCAAAUUAAAUAAUACAUGGGAAAUUUGAGAAAUUGUAUUGUGUUGAAUUUGGACUUCCAAAAUAAUGACUAAAAUUAGUCAGGAAAUUAGGCAAAUAUAUAGCUAAAUACAUUUAGUUCACAAUGAUUCUAGGAAGACAAUGCCUUUGUUGUAAAAAUUGUACCGAAUGUCAGGAGUUUAAGAAAGUUAUUUCAGAAACUGGUUUUGAAGUGUACCUAUACACACAAGAUGCGGAUAGUUAUAAAAGAAAUUACGAUUUGUUAGAACACCAAGGUUUUAUUUUUCAAAAUACGCAAGAUGACACGAUAAAUUCCAAUGAAUUUUUGAGAAAAAUUGAAUCAAGUGAUUUUACCUGUCAACGAUGUAGAGCUAUACUAAAACGACUUGCUAAUGUAUUUAAAAACACAACUAUUAAGAAAAACGAAAUAAUAGUUAUUUGCGACUGUUGUAUAAGUGAUCAAAUAAGUGAAGUGGAACCAUGUAAAUAUUGUCAUAAUAUUUAUGAUAAAUUUAAUUUAAAUAAAUCAUUACAAGAUAGUUUAACGAAAGAGUACACGGGGAAAUGGAUCGAGCAAAUUCGUCAGAUAUUGGAUAGAAAAAGUUCUCCGCACCAAUUAUUAGCUUUACGUCGAAAAGUUCUACGCGGGCCGCAUUCACCCGAUCUAUUAUCGCCGCAGAAGCGAGUAAAGUAUGAACAACGUGUCAAAGAUAUCUUUAAAAACAGUGAAGAAGAUAUAAGUAAAAAGGAGUCAAGUUUAUUGUGUUUGUCGCCUGAACGUAUUUAUGAACAAAAACAAAUUACGGAGGUGCCAAAAAUGGACGUUCGAAGUCACUUCGAUAUAGAAGAAGUGACGAAGGACGAGGGACAUUUGUUAGAUCCAGAACUUUCUCUCGACGAGUAUGGAGAAUUUAAAUCAAUCACGCCCAUUAUAACAAGAUUUUCCAAAGAAGCAUUCAAGUAUGUUUUUCCUAAAACUGAAACAGAUAUUAACGAUUUGAAAGACUACGCAAGUUCAAGCGAAUUGCUAAAAGAAAUACAACAGAAAGUGAUGUUGUUAAAAACAAGGCAACAGGAGGAAUCCGCAUCAGGGGAGAAAAAACAAAGGAAGAAGAAAUUUUUAUCUGUUCGUGUAACUGUAGAGGAAGACAUAAAGAAAGAAGAAAUUCAAGUUUCGUCUGAUACAAGUGUGGUUAAAAGUAAAAUUAAACGUGGUAGAAUAAUUAAGGAUAAGGAUUCAAAGAAAGACAAAGGCUACGAAAGUUCAGAUACUUCAUCUAGAACAAGUACGGCCCAACGCAUAAGCAAGCGGCCGAAAAUCCACCCUGAAUCACCGAGUCCAAAAAGGAUUGAAAGGGCUGAGAAGACAAAACGUAAACCUGAUAAAGAAAUUACUUCUGGUAGGUUGGAGAAAAAUGUCACAGAACUUAGCAAGAAGGAUCGUCAACCUUUUAAAAAAGAGCGGGAAACUGAAAUGAAAUAUGCGGAAAUAAAACCAGAAAAGAUAAAAAAAGUAGAAGAGAGCGGUGACGGCUUAAUCAUGGCAGUGAAGAAAGCUUCUAAAGAAUUGUCGAAAAAGAAGGAAGAAAAACCAGCCCCUCAGCGGAAACCACAAAAAGAAGAUAAAGUAGCUGUAAGCGAAUCUUAUACUAAGGCCAUAAAGGAUGCUAAAGAUAAGCUAACAGCUCCAAAAGAAUCUAAAGUUCCAAAAGAACCUAAGGCUCCAAAAGAAAGCGAGAAAGAAAAAAGAAGUAAAUCUGCUUACGCGGAAAAUGUAAAUGUAAACCAAGUUAAGAUUAGGAAAGGUUCUCUUGACGACAAUGACUUAGGCUUGCUCAAGUUUAAAGAUUCAACGCAACAAGAGAAAGCAAAAAAAUUAACGCAAUCAGAACUGUAUAUUUUGCCUCCGCCAGUUCAGCGUCAACCACCUCCCAAAGUUGAAAAAACACCCUCGGAUAGCCAAGAAGAUUCUGAUUUAGACACUGACAUUGAAGAGUUAUUGAAAAAAAGCAAAUUGAUCAAAGUUAAUGAAAUCAUAAUAGGCCAAAAGAUCUUAAAACAAAGACUACAUGAUAAAAGGGAUAAGAGGAAAGAAAUUCGACCUUUGUUAUUUGAAUCUACGUUUUAUGUGGUUGAUACAGAAGUUAAAAAAGAGGUCAUGGAUAAGAAAACCUCCAUUGAUAUAUGUACAGAAGGUAAAAGGAAAAGAAAAGAUAGCGACCAAGAAGCUGCCAAAGGCACUGUACGAUAUGCGUUGUCGAAUCGUUCGUUCAUUGACAAGGAAUGGACCAUGCUACCCACCGAGAAAAUAGUUCGCAAGUUGAACGUCUACCGUAUGCGACCUUCGCAUCCUGAAUUCGACUGGUUCGAGAACAACAAAAGCAAACAGGUGAUGUACUACGACACGGGUGAGAUUCUCGCUGAGUUCCACGAAGACGGAAGAGGGCGCUGGUAUUACAGGAAUGGCAGAUUAGCGUUGGAUUAUUAUAACGCGGAGGAGAUGAACGCUGGUCAGCGAUACGUGGUGUACAGUAAUGGAGAGCCCGACGAUCAAGGUUGCCCUCGACCGAUAACCGUACUAGCGACAUUCGACUACCUCGGCAACGGCAUUGUCUUUGAUCACACAGGGAAAACAAGACUCAAGUACAAUCAAACCGAAGGUAUCGUGUUAGAUAAAAGCAUAGGGCCGGUAUCACAUUGGAAAUGGCACGAAUUAAACGAUCCUCCGAUCUUACAAAAAGUUAUGUUGGACACACAAAUGGCUGUCAAAGAUCCGGAAAUACUAAAACUAGGAGGCAGGGACACUCAAACUUUGCGACCGGAUAACGAAGAAAUGCUAGCGAUCGAGUUCGAUAAUUUUAUUAAGGAGAAAAGCAAGAAACUAACGCAAAAGUUCAAACCGUUUCAAAUAAAAAUGAAAGCGUUGAAAGUUAAUGAAAACUUUUCGUUGCGAGUACUGGAUCAGGCGAGCGUGUACCUUACGUUUAGAGACGGCCCGACAAAUAUGAAAUUGAAUUUGGGUAUGAUUUUGGACCAUAAAGAGAUAGUGGACACGGAUACCGCGGAAGUGGGUGAAGUGUCGUGUAAUGUGGAGAAGUUCCCGGCGCGCACGGACAGCCUGGCGAUGUUGCAGCGCAGUAUUGCGCACGCGCAGCACGUUGAAAGGCUCCGACAGGAGCGAGAACGCCGCUACAAGAUCUCUUUGAUCAAGACAAGUAUAGACAGACUGACGGCGGCCGCGUCCCGACCUCUGCAACCACCUCUUUGCUUUCAACCGACCUCGGGCCGUACUAUACCCAAAACUGAAUGCUAUUGUAAACAAGAAAUUGCUCCUCCUUGCACCUAACGUAGCUAUCAUGUAUUUAGUUUUAUAAUUAAUUUUCCAACAUUUGUAGUGUCUUACAUGCAUUUUGAUAUCUAUGAAUGUUGAACGUAAUUAAUGUUAAGGUAAUAAAAUCAUGUCAUGAAUUUAAAAUCAUUUUAAAUAUUUUAGAGUGCAGUUGUAUUUAUGAAUUUGU